CCCAAUUCAUGAAGAUAGUCAUCCAUGUAGCAACAACCUCCUUUUAUUUGAGUAUAAAAGACCCGAAGACAUCAUCCAAAGGCAGUGCAAUCGCAUUCGAUCAUCGAAUCACAUUGACCUCACAAAAUGAAGUUGGUUGCUGUUUUGUGCCUUGUUGGUCUGGCUGCCGCCUCCCCUCGUGGAGGUCUUGGCUCCGAGGGAUCCAUCUUUGAUUGGGAAUCCGGCAAGACCUACGUCUUCAAGUACAAUUCUCGUCAAUUGACCGGUUUCCCUGGUUUGGCCGCCGAGUACUCCGGUUUGGGCUUGGAGUCCCAAAUCCAUUUGUCCGUCCAGAGCUCCACCGAGUUCUCUCUCUCUGUCAAGGAGGCUCGUUACGUCCGCGUCAACGACAAGCUCCAAAGCAGAGGAAGCGAGAUGGAAACCAACUGGAGGAACUUGGAACUGCCCGAGUUCACCUCGGUGCCUUCUGAGUACGCCAAAUACUUGGAGAUCCCCACCAUCUUCCAAUUCGAGAAGAGGACCGGCGAGUUCUUGUCUUUGGUUGUCUCUGGUGAUGAGCCUGAAUGGUGUAUCAACUUCAAGAAGGCCUUGGUGUCUCUCAUCCAGACCAAGAUCCAAGAUUCUCAAUCGGCUGUUGAAAGCAACAAGAUUGAAUCUGGCAAGAACACCGAGACUUUCUGGAAGAUUAAGGAACAAUCCAUUGAUGGUGUGUGCGAGGUCAUGUACCAACUCAACGAGGUUCCUUCUUACAUGAUCAAGGACUUGCCCCGUCUUAGCGAAACUGAACAACACCCAUGAAGCCUUGAAGCAGGUCUG